AUGGAGUUAUGCACGGUCCCGGCCGUCACGCUCCCGCCAACUGCCCAGGAUGGGGAGGAUGGCUCGAAAGACUUGAAGUGGUAUCUGAUUGGUGGCGGAGUGGGGUUCUUUGUUCUCGUCGUCGUUGGCUUCUGCGUGUACCAGCGCAUGCGGCCCCCUCCCAUCGAAAUAGUAACAUUCGCAAAGGACCCUCGCUACCCGCAGAGGAUCUACGGGAAGGAUAGCAGCGCCGACGCCGAGGCCGCCUCAACAACUUCCACCGGCGAAUCCAAGAAG